GAUCGAGUGGCUCCUGUGCUGCGUGCAGGGAAGUGUGGCGUGAGCGAUCUACGUCGUCGUGCGAGUAUGUGGACGUGAAGGACUGAACCACACAAGCAGGGAAGGUGCUGUUCACUGCAUAGAGACGAUCGAUCGACGGCCGGGAUGGCAGCAUCUGCCGGCCGCCGCGAGAGAUGGAGCCUGGCCGGCGCGACGGCGCUGGUCACCGGCGGGAGCAAAGGGAUCGGGCACGCCAUCGUGGAGGAGCUGGCGGCGUUCGGCGCGCGGGUGCACACCUGCUCCCGCAACGCCGCAGAGCUGGAGGAGUGCCGCCGGCGGUGGGCGGAGGAGAAGGGACUCCAGGUCACCGUGUCCGCCUGCGACGUCGCCGUGCGCGCCGACAGGGAGGCGCUCAUGGACACCGUCAAGGACGUCUUCGCCGGCAAGCUCGACAUCCUUGUGAACAACGCGGCGCAGGUGAUCUUGAAGCCGGCGGUGGAGUGCUCCGGCGAGGACUACGCAGGGAUCAUGGCGACCAACUUGGAGUCGUGCUUCCACCUCAGCCAGCUCGCACACCCGCUUCUCCGCAACGCCUCCGUCGCCGGCGGCGGAAGCGUCGUGCACAUCUCCUCCACGGCAGGCUGCCUCGGUGUUCCAGGGGUCGUGCUUUACAGCAUUGCUAAAGGAGGGAUGAACCAGCUCACAAGGAGCCUCGCUGCUGAGUGGGCCCCGGACAAGAUUCGUGUGAACUGCGUCGCACCAGGGAUGGUCAUUACUGACAUGGUUAAAAACGUAGCAAACUCGGAGGCCAUCAAGCACGAAUCUCAGCGGAUUCCACUGCGUCGCGUCGGGGAGCCGGCGGAGGUGGCGUCCAUGGUGUCGUUCCUGUGUAUGCCGGCGGCCUCCUACGUCACCGGCCAGGUCAUCUACGUUGACGGUGGCCGAACCAUAAGCGCUUGAUCAGCUAGCAUCUCUAUAUAAAAGCUAAACGUAACCCUGGCCCACCAAAAACUACGAUGGGGAUUUUACAUAUAUAUAUAUAUAUAUAUAUAUGUAUGUGUGUGAUAAAAGUAUUCCCAUGCAUGUAAAGAAUGUUUUGAAGAAAUAAAAUUGCAUUGUUACCGGCCGAGUGGUUGGACGUUCCA